GCCUAAUUUGAGUUUGAGAAAUAUGUUUAAGAAUUAAGAUCACUUGAUGAGCUUCUCAUGAUCAAACUGUUGAAACUUGUAACGGUUGCCAUGGCCUUGAGAUCAUCCACGGCAUGUCGGCAUGGCCAGAAAACUGAAAACCCUAUCCAUCUGCCGGCCAUUUUUGGCAUACCAAUGCAUCACUCGCGGCUGCCAUUUAUGAGCUUGGCAUCAGCACCAACAGUCCCAACAGAAAGCUGAACGGCCUCGCCGACCCUGAGCCUUAUAAAUCCCCAGCUGCUGAGCCACUCCAUGAUCGCGACUCGCAGCAACACCACCACCAAACAGCUAGAGCAGCAGCAACACUAACAAGGAAGCUAGCUUAGACAGAUCGUCGAGAUGGCGAGGAAGGGCGGUGCGGCGGCGGCGGUCGUGGUGCUGGCGGCGGCCAUGGCGUUCAUGGUCCUGGCGGCGAGGCCGGCCGAGGGCGCCGUGACGUGCCCGGAGGUGGACGCGAACCUGGUCCCCUGCGUCGGGUACGUGACGGGGAAGGAGGCGGCGCCUCCCGCCGAGUGCUGCGCCGGCGUGCGGCGGAUCCGGGCGCUGCCGUCGGGCACCGCGGAGCGGCGGCAGGCGUGCGAGUGCGUGAAGCAGGCGGCGGCGAGGUUCCCGGGGCUCAACGCCGACGCCAUCCGCGUCCUCCCGGCGCAGUGCGGCUCGCCGCUGCCGUUCCCGCUCACCCUGAACUUCGACUGCACCACAAUUCCAUGAGCUAGCUAAACAACACGUGCAUGAAGGCAAAGAGGCCAUCCUGAAAAUGGAGAAAAGAUCUGCUGGACGGGUUCACUCUAGAUGAACCAGUUGCUUGCUCUUGCAAUAAGGCCCUUGCUCUGCAUGCUAGUUUCUGUCUACUGCACUAUUGAAAUAAUGUAUUGGUGCCCCCAUGCUUUUGUGGUGGUUUCGCAUCUCUCCCUGCGUGGAGAGUUGUCGUCUUGAAGUUGUUCAUCAACACUAGUGAUGAUCUUCGGCUGUUUGCACUUGUUUUUUUCAAGCUUGUCUUUUCUUUAUGUCGUCUAAUAAAACCCAUGGAAAA